AUGAAUCUUUCAGAAAAGAAUUACUAUCUGGAUGACCCUAUUCUUUGUCGUCGCAAUACAACACUCAUAACCUUUGGUCAACACUCGUAUAAGUCAGCGAUCAUUGUUAGUGCCGUCCAGUCGUCCGGUGCUUACAGACCUUCCCUUAGAUGUAGUCUUUUGGUGAAAGUGCCGCCAAAUUAUGGCAUUAAUGUUAUUAAACGAAUGAUAAAUCUGAGGACAAACCUGAGUCCAGAAAAUCACUCAAACAAAAGAGUGACAAACUUUACGCCAAAAGACGAACUCAUCAUAAGUUUGGACCGAAAUUCUGUGAAAUCCUUUACCGGCGAAGACUACGACGAAACCGUGUACUCGAGUGACAGGAAUGAGGUUUUACUCACAUUUAUCACCUCUUCGUCCAAAAACGCAACGUUUGGAAAAAACUUUGAACUCAUUUUCACGGCAUUCAUGUUCACCGAUAGCAGCAACGGAUGCGACGAUCACAACGAUUGGUUCAAUUGCGGUGACAAACGGUGUGUCCAAAAGAGUCUCAUUUGUGAUAACAUCAGUAAUUGUGUGGCGGCUGAAGACGAGAGCGACAACUUGUGUGGGAAGUGGUGUUCAAAGCACCGGCAGGUGUUUUGGAUGCUUUUCAUCGUGGGCUGGGCUAUCAGUACGUUCUUCAUUAUCCUUACGCUCAUUUUACAGACAUCAGGCAAUUACAGACAUCAGGCAAGACGUAAGAAUACCAAAGUGAGCCAGUUCAAUGCCAAAUCUGAUAUGAUUUUAUACAGUGAAACUAUAGAAAUAGAAGCAAGUAUAUUCUAUAAGCCUUAA